AUGCUCAUUAGUAUAACUGGGAUUCGUGAAUUACGUCAUUCAACAAUUGGUUUUCAAGUUCUUGUUGAAUAUAAUUACAAUCCUGUCAUUGUUGGUGAAAAAAUCGAACUGCGUUCUCCGAUACCCACAAAUGCAUGUCGAGUUCGGUUGGCAUACAUGAAAGGUAAAGCAAAAUAUAAAUCAUCGGAGAAGGCUAUCCUAUGGAAACUGAAACUUAUGAUAGAUAUGAAAGAGUAUCAAUUAGGUUCUACAAUUGAACUACAAGUUCCAUUUGCGCCAAGUGGUUUUAAAGUAAGAUAUUUAAAAGUAUUUGGAAAUAAAUUAAACUAUGACGACACACAAACUGUUAUAUUAAAAUCUUUCUCAGUGGGAUGUUAA